AUGUGGCAGUUGCUCUACAGCUGCGCAAGGAACCAGGUUCUCCGGUCUGUGCGGCCAACAGGAGCGUUUCGGCUGGUCUCCUCGGUUCCUCGCAAAGCCAAAUGUGCCUCCUGUGGCUAUAUGCUCCAGAACGCAGACCCAGGCAAGCCAGGGUACACCAAAUACUCAUUUGAGGACAACAAGAGACAGAAGCCGCAGAUUCGAAACCACAGCAUCCCACAGGAGAAAGAACAGGCUAUUCUGGAGGAGCUUCGCUCGAUGAUGGGGAACUUGCCGGUUAAAUCGUCCGAGCUGCGUGCAAAAAAAGGAGACGAAAAGCCAAUGUGUCUGCGGUGCUAUGACGCCGUUCACCACAACGUGUACAACCCCGACGAGCACGUGACGGUUGCUGUGGAGGAGGCUAUGAGCGAGAUCCCUUCAAAUGCCAAGAUAGUGCAUGUCAUCUCGGCACUUGACUUUCCUCUCGGUGCAAGCGCAAAAGUUCUGCAAAACAGAGAUCCAAGCAAGAUAUACUACGUUAUCAGCAAGCUGGAUUUGUUCUUCAAUAGAGACCAGUAUAUCAACUCUGAAGGAACGCGAUACUUUGCCCAGGUGCUGCAACGUCUGGUUGGAGCAGACCCAACCAAGGUCCGCUGCGUAACGGCGAGAAACAGAUGGGGAGUGCGCGAUCUCUACUCCUGGCUACCACAGGGCAAUUUGUACUUUAUUGGAGAAACAAACUCGGGCAAAAGUAGACUGAUUGAGAGUCUGUGCAGGUAUCACGAAUACGUCAAAAGAGAAGAAUUACAGUCCACUCCCGGAGUGAGCAACUGGCCUGGAUUCACCAGAGACUUCAUGAAGUACGUUCUGCCAAAGCGAGACACAACCCUUAUAGACACUGUUGGGUUUGCCCCUCCCCAGGAGGGAAUCUUCAAAUACAUGCUUUCUGAACACAUUCCUGCACUGCCCUCCCUGAAAAAGCCACCCACCCAGGAGCCGAACGGCCAUCGGUUGCAAUCAUUGAGCGUGAAGACCGCGAAAUAUUACUCGGGAGACAAGGUUUUCAGCAUCGGAGGCUACUUUUAUUUGCGGCCUCCUUGCGAUUGUGCUCUGAGGAUCUUCCCCGGCAUGUCAGGCAAGCAGUUCAAUCAGCAUUCCAUCGAAAAAGCAAUUCACACCAGUCUGAACCGAGAACGAUCCGUUGCGUCUAAUUUUUCAGUCAACAAACUGGCGGUUCAGCAUCUCGAACGCCACGUGAUUCCCAUCUUCUACGGCACCGUCGAUCUAGUAUUCCGUGAUAUUGGCUUCUUAACCAUAGCUCCAACGGGAAAGCCGAAGAUCGACGAGCUAUUCGAGCUUUGGGUUCCAAAAGGAGUGGACGUGGUUGUCCGAGAACCAAUCUUCAGAUACAUAUAUCCACGCACGAUGCCUAAAGACCCCGAUGCACCUAGAUUGUCUAAGUACAGGAAAGUACCCGAGGACAAGCUAAUCUACACCAAAAUCUUUCCCGUGAGCGAGCACAAGACCAAAGCCGAACUUUUGGAGGAGUUUGACCCAGAUGGGUCAAUCAGAAGGCAUUUCGAGUCCGUCGAGUCGCAAGACAGUUACAGAAAUCCCGGCUGGGUGCAACCAGAGCUUUAA